CUUUAUUCGUAAAACAAAAGUCCCUAUUUCUAGAACCAUUUCUCAACGUUUUCGAGCCAGCAACGGACACCGACGCCGAACGUAUCACCUUGGAGACCGAACGAUGCAGCUCCUUGCCUUCCUAGCACUAGCCUCCAGUCUAGCGGCCUCGCUGUCCGCUGCAGAGCCUUUACAGAGCAAAAUACGAAUGGAAGUGACCGCUGGACAGGCUCCUGUGGCCCACCCCAGUGUCAAGUAUUUCGUCCACGUGGUGGCGGAUGGAGAUGACUGCGACUACCCUGACAACACAUUGCCCAUGUGCGCCAACAAGAACUUCGUCUGUAGAAUGGAGCCUGGCCAGGAGAUGUUCGCUAACGCGCCGUCCUGUCUGGCUUACGACCCCACAAAUAUGGAGGACAACCCGUUCCUGAUCGAGGAGACAGCUGUGGUGCCGUGGGGGGUCUGUGACCCGGCUGCAGAACUUAGCAGGAAGAUCGGCGAUCCGCCGGUCUGCAAGAGGGAGUUUAUGUGUCUCUGUCUCCAUGGAGCAGGCGAGAGCUGUGUAUGCGCCCCACCCGAUGCAGUGGACGACGCUAACGGUGCUGCAAAGUGCGGCAACAGUACGGCUGCGUGUACCGAGGACAAAUACUGCCACUACCUCCAAGAAGGAGGAGUGGAGUGCGGCCAGAAACCUUACUAUUCGUAAGGAUAGAGUGGGAGAAUAGGAUGGCGAUGGCUUGAAAUUUACAUGACUCAACUUACAGUAACCAGAGCUGUUGCUGUUUUUAUUUACAUUUCAUUGCCGCUGUUAUUGUUGCUUGCAUUCGGCGCGUUUCUCCUUCUCUUCGUUACUCUCGUCAGGAAUCAGAUUGCGUGUGAUGAAGUGCGAGAACCGACGUUGGCGAGGUUCUGGGUUGGACUGAGCUGGUUCAGAAGUCUUCGAGAAGAACGCUUUUGCAUCGGUGAAGCCGCUGUCUGCUGUUGAAUCCCCCUCCUCACUUGAUGAUUCGGUAGGUUUGUAGACUGUCUCGAGUUUGCGUUUCCUGCUGCCAACCUGGCGGAAU